AUGGCGAGAAUUACAGAGACCUCGGAGCUGCUAAACUCUGCUGCUGAGGAUGACGUUCUCAGUGCAGUCUGGAGAAAUUCAAAGCAGACGAUUCUGGACAGCACAGACAAGAGAGUCCACAACAUCUUGGUGCAGCUGGCGGCGAAAGUCAACAUGUGGUCACGUGUCUGUGACCUUCUCGUCACCAAGCCUGACCUCAACCUCCUCGACAGGGAUGGUCUGUCAGUCCUACACAGACUCGUCAUGUGUCCUGACAGCAGGUUCGACUCUCUUCUUUCCCGUCUUCUGAAAAAUGGCGCCGAUGUUAACCUUAAGACCUCGAAGGGGGACACAGUUCUGCACCUGGCCACCGAACAUCAGAAGUUACAACAACGCCUUGCACGCAAAAGUGGUGGCCUGAGAGCUAUGAAAAAAUAUCGAAAGAAAAUUGCGGAAUCCAAGAGCAAAGCAUUAGAACUACUUAUUAAAUUUUGCCGAAAAGUGGACGAUAAAAAUCGUGAAGGGAACACAGCGGCCAUUCUGGCUGCAAGAAUCGAGAACUGGCAUUUCCUCAAACUCUUGCUCAAACAUGACUCAAAUGUUAAUGUUCUUGACAGUCAUCAGCGCUCAGUCCUGCACCUUCUUGCUCUAAAACGACCUUCCUUCCUCUGUGAGACCAUUGUUACUGAGUGUAUCGAAAAUGGAGCCCAAGUGGACAGAGAAGAUAAGAACGGCCGUUCGCCACUUCAACUGGCGGUUGACUCUCAGAACUGGACUUUAUGUAAACUGCUGAUAAAACAUGGAGCAAAUCACGACAUUCGUGAUCGGGACAACAGCAAUGUUUUACACAGACUGGCUUUAGCUGACAGCGAACAUGUCGAAGAGGUUAUGCCUCUUGUUUCUCUUCUUCAAUCCCGAGGUGCAAAUAUAAAUGCGGCUGGACCCAGUGGCAACACCAUCGUGCAUUUAGCCGCGAGGCAGAAGAACUGGACGUUACUUCAACACUUGCUGCACCUCGGAGCCUGUAUAAACUCUCAUAAUCAUGAAGGUUUCACAGUUAUACACAUCCUUGCAUCUGACCACUUGUUAGAAACUGAUCACACAAAGGUAUUGUCUAUCCUUGACCUUCUUCUCGACAAAGGAGCUGACCUGUCUCUUCCUAACUCACGGGGUGGCACGGCGAUGCACCUGGCAGUCAUUCACGAAAACUGGGUCAUGGUCAAAUACUUAGUUCAGCGAAGGUUAAUCAUUGAUGAUUUUUGGAUCAUUGAAAAGCUAAUUCAGUGCAAAAAUGAGACCCAUGAGACAUAUCCGCUCUUUAGUCUUCUUUAUAAAAAGGAAUUCUCAAACUUCAGAAAUGCUUCUGAUGACUCCCUUUUGCAACUCGCAGCCAAGCAUGAGAAGUGGGACAUUGUAGAACACAUCCUGAGCCAAGAGGGAGGGAAUGUUAAUGAGUUAGACAGUGAGAGGUGCAAUGUUCUUCACAGAAUGGCUACAAGCCGAGGAGAAGCGUUUAAGAAAGGUCAGAAUUAUCGUAAGGUCCUGUCGGUUUUGAAUAUGUCUUCAACUCUCGACAAACAUGAAGUUUUCUUUCUUAUUUAUUCGGCGGCUGCUGCGGGCAAUAUAGAUGUCGUGGACAUGCUGCUCGACAACUUAGAUGAUGCCAACAUGGUGGAUUAUGAUAGGUGCACAGUUCUUCAGAGAGUAAGUCAGUCUUGUCUAUCAUCACCAGUGGCUGUAAUCAAACGACUUGUCAAAAAAGGGGCAGACGUCAAUAAGAAGUGUCUGGAUGGUAACUCUGCUCUACAUCUUGCGGCAAAAAGCAACAACUGGCUGGCUGUCCAGGCCCUUUUAAGUUACGAAACUACAGCCAACAUUCCCGACAACGAAGGUAUGACAGUUCUUCACAGAUUUCUGAGUCGGCCGGACUUGCCAUGUGGAUUGUGUUCUCAAAGUUCUCCAGAUAAUCUUCUGACCAAGAUCUUAAAAAACGAUGCGUUGAUUAACCAGAGAGAUCGCAAUGGCCAUACUCCCCUCCAUCUAGCUGUUAAGUUUGAACUUUGGGACAAGGUAGCUGCUUUGUUGGACAGUGGAGCUUGUGUUAACGAUAAAGACCACUCAGGAUGCACUGCUCUGCACAUGCUUUCACAGCGCAUAGAUUCUCAAAAUCUCGGUUAUAAAAUGUGCACAGGUUGUAAACUUCAUUUAGACAGGUCUGAGCUUUUUAUCGAUAGUCAAAUCUUUAUUGAUGCUCGUGACGACAGCGGUAAUACAGCGCUGAUGUUAUCAGCGAAACACAACAACUGGGACAUCACAGAGCGACUUCUACAAACAGGUGCUGACCCCUGCAUACUGCAUGUAUUGGCUUCUGUAACUCCGAAACAUGCAAAUAGUUUCUUAACUCAGAAAAGGCAAAAGAAUAUUCUGGAACUGUUAAUCUCACGUCGUGCUGACGUCAAUGCACGUGACCCAAAAGGCAACACGCCGAUACAACUGGCUGCGAAGCACGGGAACAUGGACAUGGUGGAGCGGCUCUUGGAGUUUCGAGUCAACGUCAACGAGACUGACAGCGAGGGCUUCACCUUGUUGUCGAGAGUCGCUCAGAGCUUGUCUCCCAGAUGUGAGGACAUCGCCAGGCAACUGUUGGAGAAAGGUGCUGACGUCAACAGGACGUGUCCUGACAUCCAGACUUCAGGCACGACGACACCACUGUUACUAUCUGUCAACUCCAGUAACUGGCCAGUGACAUUAUGUCUGUGUAAUGCAGGUGCCGACAUCGAGGCGCUCUGCAGUUUUGAUCAAAUUCUUCACCGACUUAUGCAUUCAAUUACUCCUGAUAAUAUCAGCAUUAUCCUACUGCUCAUGGGCCUUAUAUUGGAAGUAAAUGAAGAUGUUAUCUUUCAUCGAAGUUCGGAGGGCCAGUCAGUGAUGCAACUAGCUUUCAAUAAAAAACUAUGGGAUAUUCUUUGUGAGCUUCGUCGCUAUGACCUACACCUGGAGCCAGAAGCGCUGGUGGGACGAUAUGUGUUCGAGUACCUGGCAGACUGGGCAAUCCGCUCGGAUGAUCCAGACUGUAUUUUCGACCUAAUACAGAAUAUUGAACGUACCUUUAACUUCAUUAACCUACGUGAUCGUAAUGGGAAUACUCCCCUAAACAUCCUAGCAAAAAACUGUAAUUGGUAUUAUGUCAAAUUAUUCGUCGACUGUGGAGCUGAUGUCAACAUGCCUGAUAUUGAGUCCUGGUUACCGUUGCAUAGAUUACUCAUGGCAAAGAGUGAAGAGAAUGAUAGCUACUUAGAAGUUUCGGAUCUCCUACACGAGCUCACUAAACUAGACAGUGGGAACAUUUCAAUAGGAGGACGUACUCAGUCUUUGGAGAGACCCGUCAGGAGGACAUCGACGUCACGUGCCAACAACCUGUUUGUGUGUGUGUUCAAUGCUCGCUCUGUUCGGAAUAAGUCUAGCCAUAUAAGUAACUUUAUUAAAGAGAAGCAACUUGACAUCAUGUUCCUGAACGAGACGUGGUUAAAGAUCAGAGGGGAUGAGUUAGUACACGAUGAUCUGACCCCUGAGGGCUACUGUAUGAAAUCCCGUCCCCGUCCAACCACAGGUGGGGGUGUAGCUGUCCUCUACCGACAACACAUCUUAUGUCAGAUCACCGAAUCCUUUCCCUUCUCCAUCACCAGCUUUGAAGUGAUCCUGUUCACGCUGACGGAUCCUGAACUCGUACAUUUUUUCUGCAUCUACAGACCUCCACGAAGCCAGAAAAACAAGAACGUAGUUUUCCUUGCAGAAUUUCCCAAACUGUUAGACUGGUGUAAAGAGAUCCGUGGGAAGGUUGUCUUGCUUGGAGACUUCAAUUUUCAAUAUGACACACGAUCACAUUCCAGGUCAAUGCGCAGUCUCAUUUCCAAGUAUGGAUUUGAACAGGCGGUCGAACACCCAACACACACGUCCCAUCAUAUCAUCGACUGGGUGCUGCACCGACCUGAUGAGAAUAUAAUUCAGUCCUGUUCCGUGACAGACCGUCUCAAGUCUGACCAUUUUGCUGUUCUUUGCUUCCUGAACGUGCCAUCCCCGAGAUGA